GUUUCUAACAGCGGAAUUUUUGGAUGUUGGAAAAGUUGUGAAAACUGGCAACAUGUCAACACGGAAAUCAGUCCACACACCUAACCCAGACUACCAGGCUGUGAGCAGAAAGAAGCAGUAGAUGCCGGGGCUCACGAAGGCCCCUACCGGCAGGGUCACUGAGCACAGUUGUCAGUAACAACAUUAACAAUAAAGUUAUUGAUGUUGAGGAAGGGACUUCUGGUAGGGGCAUGUCUAUUUCCGUUAAGGCCUAUAUCCUUCGCCCUCUCCGUCUACAUCCCAACCGGAAAUACUUGUACCCCGUUUAAAGCCACGUCGGUCCUGGCCUAAGGCCCGCCCACGCGGGGGGAAGCGUUUCCGGGGUCAGGGUAUUCCGGCUCGCCCCGCCCCGCCCCGCCGCCGGUGCCGUGCUGGAAGCCCCGGCUCUCCCGGAAGUGGCCCGGACAUCUCUCUGUCGGGGUUCCCACCUCCCCGCUGCUGCUGCGGGCCGCUGGGGCGGCGGCGAUGGCGGAGGCGGCGCUGCUACUGCAGCCGGAGGCGGCGGCGGAGCGGGACGCUCGGGAGAAGCUGGCUCUUUGGGAUGGGAGACUGGACACGACGGCGCCGCUGACCGACCGGCAGACGGACUCGGUGCUGGAGUUGAAGGCGGCGGCCGAGGACCUGCCCGUGCCCGCCGAGCUCCCAAUUGAAGACUUGUGCAAUUUAACAUCCCAGUCGCUGCCCAUUGCACAGGCUUCAAUAGUGCCUGAAUCGACAGAAGACAUUCUCUUGAAGGGAUUCACCUCCUUAGAAAUGGAAGAAGAAAGAAUUGAAACUGCACAGCAGUUUUUCUCAUGGUUUGCAAAGCUACAAACUCAGAUGGAUCAGGAUGAAGGAACUAAAUAUAGACAGAUGAGGGAUUACUUGUCUGGGUUUCAGGAGCAGUGUGAUGCUAUAUUGAAUGAUGUCAACAGUGCUCUUCAGCAUCUGGAAUCAUUGCAGAAACAGUAUCUUUUUGUGUCCAAUAAGACAGGAACCCUGCAUGAAGCCUGUGAACAGCUCCUGAAGGAACAGUCGGAGCUUGUUGAUCUGGCUGAAAACAUUCAACAAAAGCUUUCCUAUUUUAAUGAAUUGGAAACUAUUAACACAAAAUUGAAUUCUCCCACGCUGUCUGUGAAUAGUGAAGGAUUUAUACCAAUGCUGGCCAAGUUAGAUGAUUGUAUUACAUACAUAUCAUCUCAUCCAAAUUUUAAAGAUUAUCCUGUAUAUUUACUGAAGUUUAAGCAGUGUCUUUCUAAAGCUUUGCACCUCAUGAAGACAUAUACUGUGAACACACUACAGAACCUCACAAGUCAGUUAUUAAAAAGGGAUCCUUCAUCUGUACCUAAUGCAGACAAUGCCUUCACAUUAUUUUAUGUGAAAUUUCGAGCUGCUGCCCCCAAAGUCAGAACUCUCAUUGAACAAAUAGAACAACGAUCUGAAAAAAUACCUGAAUACCAACAACUGCUAAGUGACAUCCACCAGUGUUACCUUGAUCAGCGGGAACUCCUUUUGGGCCCUAGUAUUACUUGUACUGUAACAGAGUUAACCAGCCAGAACAACAGAGACCACUGUGCCUUGAUUCGCAGUGGCUGUGCCUUUAUGGUUCAUGUAUGCCAGGAUGAGCACCAACUUUAUAACGAAUUUUUUACAAAACCAACAUCAAAAUUAGAUGAACUUUUGGAGAAACUGUGUGUGUCAUUGUAUGAUGUCUUCAGGCCAUUGAUCAUUCAUGUUAUUCACUUAGAGACUUUAUCGGAACUUUGUGGGAUUCUUAAAAAUGAGGUGCUUGAAGAUCAUGUACAGAAUAAUGCUGAGCAGUUGGGGGCAUUUGCAGCUGGAGUAAAGCAGAUGUUGGAAGAUGUACAAGAGCGACUUGUCUACCGAACCCACAUCUACAUUCAGACAGACAUCGCGGGCUAUAAACCAGCUCCUGGAGAUCUAGCGUAUCCCGAUAAGUUAGUAAUGAUGGAGCAAAUUGCACAGAGUUUAAAAGAUGAGCAGAAGAAGGUACCACCUUCAGAAGCUUUGUUUUCAGAUGUUCAGUUAGAAGAAGCAGAGCCUCCUAAUAAUCUAACAAAAUCUGGUUCAGUCGAAUCUCUCAGUCCUAGAGCACAGACCACAGUUUCUCCAGCAGAUCUUCAUGGAAUGUGGUAUCCUACAGUUCGACGAACUCUCGUCUGUCUCUCCAAAUUGUACAGAUGUAUAGAUAGGGCAGUAUUCCAAGGAUUAUCACAGGAAGCCUUGUCGGCCUGCAUUCAGUCGUUACUUGGAGCAUCAGAGUCUAUCAGCAAAAAGAAGACUCAGAUUGAUGGACAACUUUUCUUAAUAAAGCACCUUUUGAUUCUUCGUGAACAAAUUGCUCCAUUUCACACUGAAUUCACCAUUAAGGAAAUUUCCCUGGACCUCAAGAAAACUAGAGAUGCAGCAUUUAAAAUCCUGAAUCCUAUGACUGUUCCAAGAUUUUUUAGGCUGAAUAGCAACAAUGCCUUGAUAGAGUUCUUGUUGGAGGGUACUCCUGAGAUAAGAGAACAUUAUCUUGACUCUAAAAAAGACGUAGACCGUCAUCUGAAAUCGGCCUGUGAGCAGUUUAUUCAGCAACAGACCAAGCUGUUCGUAGAGCAGCUGGAGGAGUUCCUGACAAAGGUUUCAGCACUAAACACAAUGGCCAGUCAGGGAGGACCCAAGUAUACUCUCUCUCAGCAGCCUUGGGCUCAACCAGCAAAAGUCAGUGACCUUGUGACAAGUGCCUACAAGACAAUAAAAGCAAAGCUGCCGCUGACAUUGAGAAGUAUGUCAUUGUACCUAUCCAAUAAAGAUACUGAGUUCAUCCUGUUUAAACCAGUUAGGAAUAAUAUUCAGCAAGUCUUCCAGAAGUUCCAUGUCUUGUUAAAGGAAGAGUUCAGCCCUGAAGAUAUCCAGAUCAUUGCUUGUCCUUCUAUGGAACAGCUGAACCUCCUACUGUCAGUUUCUAAAUAACCAGGCCCGUCGGGCUGUAUGUGUAAAUGGCCGGUCCGGCAGGAGCCGGCUGCCAGGUCCCACGGCCUGCAGGACACAGGGGAAUUGUACAAGGGGCUUCCCGAGAACCACAGGGCUGCUGCUCAGGGCUGACCGCAGAAUGAAGUGGAAGCAAAGUGUGACAUGAUUUGUGUUUCUGUUUUGAAAACAUCAAAAUGCCAAAGAUAAGCUAUAAUCUAUGAGCGCUGAUUACUGCCUCAUUUAAAUGGUCACAAGCAGUGUAAGGUUUUAAGAGGAAGCUAUGGUGGGCACGCAGUGAAAUGGUUCUUAAGAAAAAUGUGCAAUGAAAAUAGGUUACAAUAAAUAGUGCAAAGAACUUUACAGUAAUACAGCUAAUUAGAAAGCUUCUAAGAGAAAGGUUUGUUAAAGCGUGAAACACUGCAAUCCUUUUAACCACUGAGCAUUCCACAGUGACUAUUUUUUUACUUCCAGAAAUGUUAUUUCUACACCCUAUUUAAUGUAAUGUUUCUCCUAUCACUUUGAAGUUUAGUUUGGGAUAGAUUGGGUGCUUCUGAGAACGUGUUCUGCUUUCCUGGGAAUUCAGUGUGUUAUCUUUCUGUGUGUUUGAUGUGAGGUAGUUUCAAGAUGCAAGGACCUCGUGUAAGGUCCCAGGAUCUGUACUCCAUGAAUUGCUUAGGUGCAGAGCGUUCAAAAGUAGGCAGGUAGCUGCAGCGUCCUCAUGGUAGAUACGUGCCGUAUCUUUAAUGAGAAUCUUCAUGAUACAAUAGGCAGUGUCCGUGAGGGGGAGGUGCCAAUUAGGGCGUCUUCAAUCUGGCACAUAAAGGAGGAGAGGAAGCCUGAUGAAUAGUGUGUCUCGUGCACGAAGGUUAGGGUUACCAGCUUUCUGCACACUGCCUUCCGUUUCCGUAGUUCUUUGAGAAGUGAACACUUUCAUGUCCUGUACAUUCGUGGUGUCUGUGCCGCCUGCCUGCCUUGUGGAUCUGUACCCUGCGACAGCAGGAUACGUUUCACUCACAGAGACGAGGAUGACGAAGGCCACCCAUCCCUUAAAAUGAGCCACACGAUAGCAGGGAUCAUCAAAAAAAUUAUGCGCAUCUCUGAGUUUUCCUACAAAUAUCUGUUUCCUGAUUGGAUUGGUUUUGCCUCUGAUGUUAUAGUAAAUGUAACCUGCUCUUUGGUUCACAAUGAAGUUUGAGUUAUUCAGACACUAAUUUAGAGAUAGAAUGCUGACAGAGGUUCUGGAAUGUAACCAGCAGACCUCAUUCUGUGAGACUGUAGCAUUUCUCAUCCACUUCAAGCAGACUCCCGCCAUGUGUAGAUAGGUUACAUAUCCUGAUGUCUGUCAUUUUAAACAGGUCACUUGUUUUUCAGCUCAGUUUAACUUGGUGAUGGAUGUUGCUUGAUAGAGCUUAAUACUCUAUAUUUUGGGAAGGUAGAAGGUAAAGAGGGUCCAUAUUCAUUCUUCAGCAGGAAAUGAAUGAAUUAGGAAGAUUAUAUUUACUUCCACUUACUAUUUUAAACAUGUGUUUAAUGAAAUAAACUGUACAAUCCAGUUUUGUAUAUUAUAUGUACAUUUGAUUUUUAAAUAGCCUUUCCAAAGAAAUGAGGGCAUGAUUAUUGUACAAUACUUGACUGAUUUAAUUUGAUGUACAGAGCAGAGUGUGUUCUUAAGGAUAAAAAUAUUUGAUGGCACUCGUUCUUGUGUUUUGAGUCUUUUAUUUCUGAACCAAACACCUUACAAAAGUGCUGAGUAGGUGAUAGUGAUCCAACUUGUUUGCUAAAUGACUGUUUAAAUCUGUACAGUUUCAAGUGUUUACUUAUACAAAGAGUGUACAUACUUUCAAAUAAUUAAUUUAAAAUGCUUUAUAUUAUUUGGCUAGAAUUUGCUGUUUUUAAUAAAUGUGAAUUUUUUUAAAAAUAAAGAUUUUUGCUUCCUA